UGAUUUACUCUGCUAUGACAGAUUCAUGUGUUUGGGGAAUAGCUGCAGCCUGGCUUUACCAAGAGGAUUAAGGGAUUUUUUCUUUUUUUCCCUCCCCCUACUCCUGCCCCUAUCACAUCUAUCAGAUUGUGGCACAAACCACUGUCCAGCCUUUGACCUAUUCUGCAUGUUCUAGUGUUCACAGCUGGGAAUUAGAGAAUUUGAGUUGGGAGACCUGCCAUGCCAAGCUGCAUGUCCGCACUUUUUUUCAAGGCUGUCUCAGUGGACUGACUGUUCCUACUGCUUUUUAUUGAUUUAUUUAUUUGUUUUCUGCCUGUCCUUGUCAGUGCUGCUGUCACCUGAGGCAUGAUACGCUGAGGUGCAGCAUGGCUUGUGGUUUGUAGCCAGAAUCUCGCGUCUGCGUUUGGACACCGGUUUUUGAAUACUUGUUUGCUAACUUCCUCGCAUUGUUUUUGAGAGAUGUUAUGGUCACCGAAGCUAUCGCUGUCCAACAUCCACGUGCGUCUGACAGCCAAGGGUUUACUCCGAAACAUUCAGGUGCUGUCAGGAUGCAGGAAGAACACUGUGGUUUUCCAAGCAGUGGACAAGAACAAAUCCAAGGCCAGCUCCCGUCAGCAGCAACCAUCCCAACAAAGCCAGAAUAAGGGACCCUCAGAUGUGUUAGCAGCAAGUGUCACAAAGGAUGACAGAAAAGACCCGAUCGUCCAGAGCCUCAAGGGACUCCUGACAGCCAGCAGCCGUAGAUUUGAGGCAGUCGCUGUUGUUUUACAGCAAACUUUGGCUGAGCGUGAUGAAGCCUCGAGGCAGUGCAGGGAGCUGUCCCAGGAGCUGGUCAACCUUAGAGGAGAGCUGGUCUGCUCUGUCCAUUCAUCUGAGCGCCUGGAGAAGGAGAAGGAGGACCUGCGUGUUUCUCUGGAGGAUGCACUGCACAAUCUCCAAGAGCAGCACCAGCAGGACCUGGCUGAGCUGGAGAAGAGGCUGCAGGCCUUCUACCAGGCUGAGUGGGAUAAAGUUCAUCUCACCUACCAGGAGGAAGCUGACAAAUGCAAGACUGUCAUGCAACAGCAGAUGGAAGAGCUUAAAGCCAAUCACGAAGCCAUGAAGCUGGAACUAGAGAACAGCCACGUAGAACAGUUGCAGUGUGUUAAACAGCAGUAUGAAGUGUCACUGGAAGAGCUCAGGAAAGUUCACAGUCAGGAGCUGCAGUCUCUUGACAAAACCCUAAAAGAUGCUGAAGCAGCUCUAUCAGGAAAGAUUCAGGAGCUGACUGUGGAGAAUAACGCUCUAAUUGAGAAGCUAACUGCAGAGGAGAACAGGAGGAAAGAGCUGGCCGACAAGAGUCAGAAGGACUCUCACACCCUUUAUCUGGAGCAGGAGCUAGAGAGUCUCAAAGUGGUGCUGGAUAUCAAAAACAAGCAGCUCCACCAGCAGGAGAAGAAGCUGAUGGAGAUCGACAAACUGACGGAGAAAAAUGUGAAGUUGGACGAGAGCCUUAAAAAAGUCCAGCAGGAGAAUGAAGACUUUAAAGCCCGCAUGGAGAGACAUGCUGCUCUGUCGAGGCAGCUGUCCACAGAGCAGGCCAUGCUGCAGGAGUCCCUUCAGAAGGAGUCCAAGGUGAACAAGCGUCUGUCCAUGGAGAACGAGGAGCUGCUGUGGAAGCUCCACAACGGAGACCUGAGCAGCCCCCGCAAGCUGUCGCCCACCUCCACCUCCCCCUCCCACUCCUUCAGCCUCCAGUCCCCUCGCAGCUCCGGCCUCUUCUCCAGCCCUCCAGUCUCACCCAGAUAACAAUGGACCCCUGCUUCCAGGAAGCAGAGCCUCUCUUUUGAGUUAUCCCCUCUGGAAUUAAGAGCCAUGUUUGUUUCCUGCUCAGUUUAGCCAAACAACAAUGUGACCUUGGCUCCUUCAGGAUCGGAUGAACUCUGACUCUUUCUGUACAGAGAUGCUACAGAGUGUAAAAGAACAAAAAAAGCAGAAAAUGUUGCACAGAAGCACUUAUUAAGCAAGGCCACCUUGUUCUUUGCCUUUCACAUCUGAUACUCUGGAUGAGGAAAAAGGAAAUCUCAGGACUUCUAUGUAAUGAAACACUAUUUUUGUUAUUUGUAGAUGUAUUCAGUGGCUUGUCUUUCCUGAAGCUCACACACGCACACAUACAGUACAUGCAGUUUUAAAACAAAGACACACAGAUUUGGCCUUGCAGAGUGAGAGAAAGCUUUGUUUUUUUGUCUCUGGAGACCAAAGCCAUGGAAAGUCUGAGCUCAGAAUCUUUCAGGGUGGAUCUUUAUUACAGAUAUCUGAGGAAUCUGGGAUUGCUUCUGUUGGAUUCCUGCAGCAUUUCUCACAGCGAACUACAAACAGUCAGAAUCUAAAUACUACUAACAUCCCAGUGCUCGUCGGUACGUCAGGGCUGGCUGUCUAAAGGAGGAACGUUCACUUUCAGGCUGUUUUCUUGCUCACAACACUCAUGGUGAUGUUCAGAAUUUUCCUGCUAUUUUUAAGGGGGGAUUUUUUUUAAAGGAUCGUCUGUGGCCUCUAACAUUUCUGUCUUCAUGUUUAUUUGUGUGACCAAGGGACCAAUCCACGUAUUUGUGCAUGUGUUUGAGUCUUGUCAAUCACCCCUUACCGAAGCCUCCCAAUGCAGCUUUAAAGUCAGGGUCUUUGCAGAGAGAAGCAGCUUUGCUUGUACAUGUCAGAGGCAAUGUAUCUUGGAAAUGUUUCAGAGAGUAUUUUGUGUGGAAUUGAUAUUAUAGGCGUGUUGACCCUGUUUGAAAUAUGCAAUUAAUAAAGUCUUGUAUUAAACCUGGAA